AUGGCUGCUACAAUUUCUGCUACUGGAUUCAAAGGGGGUCUUUCUUCUUCUUUCCAUGGAACCUGGGGAACUUCCAUUGCCGGUGAAGCCAUCGUGGCGCCGCCGACCAACUUUCGGGUUGCACGGCCCAUCCGAUCACGGCCUAUGAUGAAAAAUGUUAAUGAAGGAAAGGGUCUUUUUGCUCCAAUUGUUGUAAUCACAAGGAACAUUAUAGGCAAGAAGAGGUUCAAUCAGCUCAGAGGCAAAGCCAUUGCUUUACACUCACAGAUCGAGUAUGCUAACACUUUCAUCUGCAUUGAAAUGUGUAGGUAA